AUGAUGUCUUUACCUUUCUACCAGAGACACCACGAGCACUACGACCGCGCGUACCGCCACAAAGCGCUGUCGUCCACCGUCAGCCAGUACCAAAAGGAAACCAAGAGCAGAUCGGCCGUCUACGCUCAAGGAUCUGCAGCUUAUGCCAGGAGUUCCACUGCCUCUCGCCACUCGUCUGCAGCAGGCUUCAGCCUYGACUCCUCAGCAGCCUACAGCCAUGGCUCCUCAGCCUACGAGCUGGAUUCGGCAGCCUACAGCUAUGGAUCCGCAGCCUACGACCACUCUGCCMUGCACAGUAAGAGAUCUGCUGCCUACAGCCUGGACUCGGAGGCGCUCAGCACCAGCUCAGCUGCCUACAGCCGUGGAUCUGAAUCCAUCAACAAGCUGGCUGCAGCCUACAGGCUGGGAUCUGAAGCCUACAGUUUGGGACUGAAAAAUUCCAAUUUAAUGAUAGAGGAUCAAUCCUAUAAGAUGAGUCCCAAAGCCAAGAGAGCAAAACAGAGCUUGGUAUCGGAGGACAAAGAGAACGAAGCCAUAGACUACUCAGUGCCCAUAUUCACAGGACGAGAAGUAAAUAUCAGUGGUAUCACAGACACUGAAGAAGAGAGAAUUAAAGAAAGUGCUGCGUAUGUUGCCAAGAGGAACCUUUUUGCCACAGGUGAAGGAGUCAGUGUCAGCAAGGUGGCCAAGACAACUUCUGAAGAGGAACACCAUGAAAAAAAAUCAAGGAAAGUAGCGAUCCGGGAGUCUGCUGAACGUGUGGCCAUGAAGAAAACGCUAGAAGAGACUCAGGCAUUCCAUAAAAAGUUGAAUCAAGAUGGCCUCUUACAUGCUCCUGAGUUUAUCAUCGAGCCUCGUUCCCACACUAUCUGGGAAAAAGAAAAUGUUAAAUUUAAUUGUUCCGUGGCUGGCUGGCCAGCACCCCGUGUUACAUGGUACAAAAAUAACGUGCCCAUUGAUGUACAGACUCACCCUGGCAAGUAUAUCAUUCAAAGUCGAUAYGGGCUGCACUCCCUGGAGAUUAGCGAAUGUGAAUUUGAUGACACUGCCCAGUAUCGUGCCUCUGCCAUGAAUGUUAAAGGAGAAGUUUCGGUUUAUGCUUCCCUCGUGGUAAAGAGGUACAAAGGAGAAAUUGAUGCAAGUCUUUUGCAUGCUAGAAAUCUUUCCCUCUCUCCAUUUGCUGUUACCCCUCAUGGCUAUGCUUCCAGGUUUGAAAUCAGCUUUGUAGACAAAUUUGAUGUAGCCUUUGGAAGAGAAGGUGAGACAAUGAGUCUGGGCUGCACAGUUGUCAUCAAUCCUGAUAUCAAGCGCUUCAAACCAGACAUUGAGUGGUACAGAAACGGUGUUCCUAUUACACCCUCCAAAUGGGUCCUGAUGCAGUGGAGUGGGGAGMGAGCCACUUUAACACUGACCCACGCAAACAAGGAGGAUGAAGGUCUUUACACUCUGCGGGUGGCCAUGGGAGAGUACUACGAAGAGUACAGYGGUUAUGUCUUUGUUCGAGAUGCUGAUGCUGAAAUCCCUGGAGCCCCUGGUGCACCACUGGAUGUGCAGUGCUUGGAUGCCAACAAAGAUUAUGUCAUUGUCUCCUGGAAACAACCUGCUGUCGAUGGAGGAAAYCCUAUCCUUGGAUAUUUCAUUGACAGGUGUGAGGUCGGCACCUCCCACUGGACCCAGUGCAAUGAGAAUCCCGUGAAGUUUGCUCGCUUUCCUGUCACUGGUCUGAUUGAAGGCCGUUCCUACAUUUUCCGAGUCCGAGCUGUGAACAAAGCUGGCGUCAGCCUGCCAUCCCGGGUGUCRGAGCCCGUGGCUGCUCUGGAUCCUGCAGACAGAGCCAGGCUUAAAAGUCACCCUUCUGCUCCUUGGACUGGACAGAUUAUUGUGACUGAGGAAGAACCUGCAGAGGGUGUUGUUCCUGGUCCCCCCACAGACCUCCGAGUUAUUGAGGCCACCAAGAACUAUGUUGUGCUUAGCUGGAAACCUCCCGGACAGCGGGGCCAUGAGGGUAUCAUGUACUUUGUGGAAAAGUGCGUUGCUGGCACAGAGGAAUGGCAAAGGGUGAACACCGAGAUCCCCGUGAAAUCCCCUCGCUUUGCAGUUUUUGAUUUGUCUGAAGGCAAAUCCUACUGCUUCCGAGUUCGCUGCUGCAAUUCAGCUGGAAUUGGUGAACCCUCAGAAGCAACUGAAGCCACUGUAGUGGAUGACAAACUUGAUAUUCCCAAAGCUCCUGGCCGUAUUAUGCCAACUAGGAACACAGACACUUCAGUUGUUGUCACUUGGACAGAGCCCCCAGAUGCCAAGGAGCUGGUUGGGUACUACAUUGAGUCAAGUGUGGAAGGAUCUGGUCGUUGGGAACCAUGCAACAACAAUCCAGUGAAAGGCACAAGAUUCGUUUGCCACGGGCUCAGCAAUGGUGAGAAGUACAUUUUCCGAGUCAGAGCUGUUAAUGCAGCCGGGCUCAGUGAAUUUUCACAGGAAUCAGAGCCUAUAGAGGUGAAAGCAGCCAUUGGGGAAGGAUUGCCUCAUGGUGUGUGUCCUGAACUGAGUGGUAAAGCUGCUGGACUAACAGACCGCACUACCAGCUGGGAAGGCAUGCAUGGGGCCUCCCAGCCUAUCUUUGACACAGAUGCUUUGCUAAAAUGCAACGCUAAAUUUAAUAGAGAGACACUACCCAGUAGCUGUGACAAACUGGGGAGUACAGGAGACAGUAACACCAGAGAAAUGGUUAAGGACGUUGUCACGUCUGCACCACAAAAAGCUGCUGCUAAGCAGGCAAGUAAGUCUCAACCCAGGGAUCUCUUGACAGUGGAAAAAGUUACAAAGAAGAAAGAUACAGCUCCUCCAUCUCCACCUUAUGACAUYGUGGUACUCGAGAGUGUUCGUGACUCGAUGGUGCUGGGAUGGAAACAGCCUGAAGCCAUUGGGGGAACUGAAAUCACCGGCUACUACGUGAACUACCGGGAAGUGGUGGAUGGAGUUCCUGGGAARUGGAAGGAGGCCAACAUCAAGGCUGUUACUGAGAGGGCAUACAGGAUCCAAGACCUGAAGGAAAACAUGGUGUACCAGUUCCAGGUGGCUGCUGCUAACCUGGCRGGGCUUGGGAGACCCUCCAAACCCAGCAAUCCCUUCAAAUGYGAAGAAUGGAGCAUUGCUGUGCCUGGGCCACCUCAUGAUGUCAAAUGCACAGAAGUYAGGAAGGACUCUCUGGUUUUGCUGUGGAAGGAGCCAGUUUACUCUGGUCGUAGUCCCGURGUGGGUUAUUACGUUGACAUGAAGGAAACUGAAGCAAAGGAGGAACGCUGGAGAAGUGUCAAUGAGAAGCCGCUUCAAAAGAAAUACUUGAAGAUAAGUGGCCUAACUCAAGGUGUGAGCUACGUGUUUCGUGUGCGGGCAACAAACCAGGCYGGUGUUGGGAAACCAUCAGAUGUCACAGAUGCUGUCAUAGCUGAAACACGACCAGGAACCAAGGAAGUGGUGGUUGAUGUAGAUGACAAUGGAGUMAUUUCCUUGAACUUCGAGUGUGAUCAGAUGUCUCCAGACUCUAAGUUCAUUUGGUCCAAGAACUACGAACCAAUUGAGGAUGACUCUCGACUGAACAUCGACACCAAAGGCGGAAAGUCAAAACUUUCCUUUAAGGAUCUUGGAGAAGAUGAUUUGGGAAUUUACUCUUGUAUUGUCACGGACACMGAUGGAGCUUCAUCAAGCUACACAAUUGAUGAGGAAGAAAUGAAACGCCUGCUUGCCCUGAGCCAUGAACGCCAAUUCCCGACUGUCCCACUYACCUCUGAGCUGGCAGUGGAAAUCUUGGAAAAAGGAGAAGUGAGAUUCUGGCUGCAAGCUGAAAAGCUGUCUGGCAAUGCAAAGGCCAACUUUGUGUUCAAUGAUAAGGAGAUUUUCAAUGGAGAGAAAUAUAAAAUGAAGGUGGACCAGAAGACAGGCCUUAUUGAAAUGAUUAUGGAUCAACUUGAGGAAAAGGAUGAAGGCACUUACACUUUCCAGCUGCAGGAUGGAAAAGCAACCAAUCAAUCKAGUCUUGUCCUCAUUGGCGAUGUAUUCAAGAAGCUACGGGAUGAAGCAGAUUUCCAGAGAAAAGAGUGGCACAGGAAACAAGGUCCUCAUUUCGUGGAUAAACUGGGAUGGGAAGUUACYGAUGAGUGUAAUGUGAUGUUGAAAUGUAAGGUGGCUAACAUUAAGAAGGAAACACACAUUGUGUGGUACAAAGAUGACAGGGAGAUAAUGGUAGAUGAAGAACAUGACUUUAAGGAUGGUGUGUGUACRCUGCUGAUAUCAGAGUUUUCUAAGAAAGAUGCUGGCACAUACGAGGUCAUACUGAAGGAUGACAGAGGAAAGGACUCCAGUGAGCUAAAGCUGAAGGACACAGCUUUUGCAGAUCUGAUGAAUGAAGUAUGCAGAAGGAUUGCUUUAUCUGCAACAGACCUGAAAAUCCAGAGCACAGCUGAGGGUAUCAGRCUGUACUCCUAUGUCACUUAUUACGUGGAAGAUUUGAGAGUAGGCUGGGUGCACAAUGAUACCCAGAUUAAGUUCACAGACCGAAUGAGGACUGGUGUCACCGGGGAGCAGAUCUGGUUGCAGAUCAAUGAGCCAACUCCACAGGACAAAGGCAGAUAYAUAAUGGAACUCUUUGAUGGCAGUGAAACACACAAAAAGACAGUGGAUCUUUCUGGACAAGCAUUUGACGAAGCCUUUGCUGAGUUCCAGAGAUUAAAGCAAGCUGCGAUUGCAGAGAAAAAUCGUGCACGGGUACUUGGAGGUUUGCCCGAUGUUGUCACUAUCCAGGAGGGCAAGGCACUGAAUCUUUCUUGCACUGUMUGGGGAGAUCCCACCCCAGAGGUCUCAUGGCUGAAGAACGAAAAAUCCUUUGUCUCAGAUGCCAAUUGCAUCCUGAAGUUUGAAUCUGGAAAAAAUGUCAGCUUUUCCAUUUCUACUGUGUCCACACAAGACUCUGGGAAAUACAGCAUUGUGGUGAAAAACAAGUAYGGUACAGAGACCAGCGAUGUCACUGUGAUUGUGACGCCUGUGUCAGGGCAGGCUGACACAGCCCAAGGACACAAUCAGAACAAUAAAACUGCAUCUAAAAAGAAAAAAACARUGACAGCAAGCAAACAGAAGGAAGGGGGAAAGAAAGAUUUUAUUAAGCCACACGUAGAAGAAAUUACUGCUACAGAAGAGACACCUGAUCCAAAUGAAAUGCCCCCUGUGGAAACAGAAAAGGAUACAAAAAGCAACCAGCGCGCAGCAAAGAAGACUGAUGGAAAGGCAGGAGUAGCAGAAACAGUUCCUCAAUCCACAGAAAGCUUGGAUAGGCAGGGAAAGAAACCACCAGAAAAAGCAGCCUUGGGUAAACCCCACUGAACUGGAAUGAAGAAUGUGACCUUAUCACAAACUGGAUAAUAAAUUCAAGCUGAGAUUUCAUGAGCGGUAUAUUAACCAUAACUUUAAUAUUGAAGUU